CAAAAACCGCCCUGAUCACGCACCACGACCACUCGACUACUCGACCCGCAAUAGAGACGCAUCAGUGCAGACUUUCAUCUCCUAAAAUGUUGCGUAUAGUGCUCGUCUUGUUUUUGUGUCCGUUAUGUCAAUGCCAAACCGAGGAUGCUGAAGUUUCGCAGGACGAGGACCUUGAAAAUGACGUGAUUUAUGACAUGGAUUUAAAUACCACUGCUCGUAGAAUCCCGCGGCAGGUGAGAACGUCACUAAAUAAGGAAACUAAAGCACAUAUUCUGGAGCUGUCGGUCCAGACCACCAUCAUCUCCCGCUAUGCUUUCACUGCAGUGUCCUGCAACAUGUUAAACAGACACUCGGCUGCCGCCCAAGGGGUCUUUCAGUUCUACAUACCACCUGCUGCGUACAUCUCCAACUUUACCAUGAUUGUGGCAGGACGUGUCUUUCCCAGUCAGGUAAAGCCCAAAGAGAAGAAGAUAAAGAAAGAAGGCGAAGAAAAUAAUGGCAAACCGAAAAAGGACUCACCAGAGAAGAGUGAGGGUGAUAUGGAGUUGUUUCGCAUGGAGGUUACUAUCCCUGGACGCAACCGGGCCAUGUUCCUCCUAACCUAUGAAGAGCUGCUGCAGAGACGAUUGGGCCGUUAUGAACAUGUGACCAGUAUUCGGCCAAUGCAAUUGGUCGGCAAACUCAGUGUGGGCGUUACCAUUGUGGAGCACUCCCGCAUAACUUACCUAGAAGUCUUACCUCUACGGAACACCAAAACAUCAGCCUCCAAUGGCAAUGGUAAAAAAGGACCACCGGAUUCCACUGUAGUCAAACAAAAUGAAACCUUCUGCAAGAUCAGAUUCACUCCCAGCAUGGUGCAGCAGGCCAAGAUUGGCACAAAUGGCAUGCUGGGAGACUUUGUGGUCCAGUAUGAUGUAGAGAGAGAGAUGGGCAUUGGGGACAUACAGGUUCUAGAUGGACAUUUCGUGCACUACUUUGCCCCCAAAGACCUCCCUGUCGUGCCUAAGAACGUUGUAUUUGUGAUUGAUACCAGCGCCUCUAUGGUUGGGACGAAAAUGAGACAGACCAAAGACGCUCUGUUCACAAUCCUACGCGAGCUGCGGCCCAACGAUCACUUCAAUUUUGUCACUUUUUCCAAUCGCAUCCGUGUGUGGCAGCCGAACAAACUUGUGCCCGUCACACCCAACAACGUGCGAGAUGCCAAGAAAUUCAUCUACAUGAUCUCACCCACUGGAGGCACUGAUAUUAACAGUGCUAUUCAGACUGGCUCAAGCUUAUUAAGGGACUACCUGUCAAGCAAAGACGAGACCCAUCACAACAGUGUCUCACUUAUCAUCUUCCUGACUGAUGGGCGGCCCACAGUGGGGGUGGUCCAGAGCCCAACCAUCAUUGGAAACACGAAAGCUGCAGUGCAGGAGAAAUUCUGUAUUUUUACAAUUGGUAUGGGUGAUGAUGUGGACUACAGACUGCUGGACAGGAUGUCCCUGGAGAACUGUGGGACCAUGAGGAGAAUCCCAGAGGAUGCUGAUGCCAAGGCCAUGCUCAAAGGCUUCUAUGAUGAAAUUGGCACACCGUUGUUAUCAGACAUCCGUGUGGAUUACUCUGAUGCUGUGGAAUACAUAACCCAACACCUUUUCACAAACUACUUCAAUGGCUCUGAACUGGUGGUGGCGGGGAAACUGAUCAAUCGCAGUUCAGACUCCCUCCAUCAGGUUACCGCCAGCAACAGCGAAAGAAGCAUCGUGCUAGAGAAAGACGUUUCUUUACGAGAGCAAGAACGGGAAACGGAAAGGCAGCUAGUGGAGGCAGAGGCCGGUCCGAAUGCUGAUGGUUAUGUCGAGCGACUGUGGGGAUACCUGAGCGUUAAAGAUGGACUAAAGGAUCGCCUCCGCAGCCAAACUAGCAGCGAGAGAGAUAACUACACACAACAUGCUACAAAUCUUUCGUUAACGUAUAACUUCUUUACCCCGCUUACUCAAAUGAUAGUGGAAAAACCGCAAGUGCUCCCUGAUGGAACUUUAGCAAAGGCGGAGCCCACUGAAGCACCUCCUCCUCCUGAAUCAUCCAAUCAGCUGUCAGAUGAUGACAACAGUCUAACACCCCAGAGCCUCUAUAGAAAUGCACCACCGAAGCAAAGUUCUGAAGUCGUCCAGGCAACAAGUGGCGCUCAAAAUCCCAAAAAGGAGAAGUCUGUCACCUUAUCCAAAACAUCCGCUGAUGGUGAUCCUCAUUUUGUGGUGGAAUUUCCCCGCAGUAAACUCACUGUGUGUUUCAACAUCAAUGGAGAGCCAGGGCACAUUCUCAGACUGGUGUCUGACCAUAAAGACUCCGGUGUGACUGUGAACGGUGCGCUGAUCGGUGCUCCAGCCCCAGUUGGCAGUCAUAAAGAACAGCGGACGUAUUUCAGCACUAUAACUAUAUUAGCCAAUAAGCCGAGCCGCUCUUACAUUGAAGUGACCCCACAGAAGGUCAUACUGGAUGGCCGUGACCGAAUGAUCCUUCCUCCGGGCUCCAGUAUUUCUGUUGAAACUGCACAUCUGGGCCUGGUACUCAUUGCUAAUGCAAACCUCACAGUGACCAUCCAAGGGACCAUCAAAUUCGUCAUUCUGUUUCAUCAUUACAAAAAUCCAGCCCCCUAUCAGCGAGAUCACCUUGGAUUCUACAUCGCCAACAGCAAAGGACUGAGCAAGGAUACACAUGGGUUGUUAGGUCAGUUCCUGUUUGAGGACAUCACAUUGACACAUAUCCCUGGAAACAUCAGCACGACGGGAAAAAACAGCACAGCGGAACCACUCGAUAAAAAUAUCACCGUAUCCAGUUAUCCCGCCCUGAAGCUAAAGGAUCGAACGGUCACUGUCUUGAAGAAAAGCAGGAGAAUCUACUCAGGAAAGCAGACAGUAGAUUGCUGGUUUGCCAAGAACAAUGCAGCUAAACUGAUCGAUGGGCAGUAUAGCGAUUAUGUGGUGUCACAUCUGUUUGACACAGGUGACAGAGCUAAUGAAACAAACACAAACUGAAACACUCAUACACACAAAAAUCUCUGGACUAUAAAAAUUACAUACACACACACAUACAUUUACAGUGUUUAAAGUAUAUAAAUUGUUUCCGGUUAGGUGUGGAUAUAUACUAUAUACUGCCUGUUUUGUAAGAAUCUAAAAAUAUAUAUUUUAGUUAAUAUAAGACUAAUUUUGUACUAAAUAUUAAAUGAUAACUUACAUUGUUCAGACUUCAUAGUUUUUAAGGUUUAAAAGAAAGAAUAUUAUUCGAUUUUUAAUAUAAAUGUAUCAAAAACAGACCUACCAUCAGCUCUGCAUCUAUAGAUAGUUAAGUUUUGGGGAAGGGAGAACCCGACUGUAUGGGAACUAACUUCAUCAACUUCAUCGUGUUUAAAAUGACUGUAAUACGGUCACAGACCAGGAACAACUUUAUAGUCGUGUAUUGUCAGCAAAAAAUGUUGCAUCCCUUUUAAGGUGCCGUGUAAUUUUUUAAUCUGUUGACAAAAAUGCAACAUAAUAUACACAAUUAUGUCUUCAGUAGUGUAUAAAGACCUUUUAUAAUGAA